AUGAUGCGCCCAAUAAGAAUCCGAAAUUACGAUGACUGUUCUUGUGAGCAUCAUGAGACUUAUCCGUGUGACGAAGAAGAAGAACCAUCGACUCCUCCAACAGCCAUACCAACAACACCUUCUACGAGUCUUCAAUCGAGUACUUCAAACACAAUAACUAGUACGACUACACAGACUACUCCUGAAUCUACAACUACACCGGCUCUUUGCCCUGACUUGAAUCGCCAAACACCGUUCAAAAGGAAAAAUGGAUGGUGGUGCGGCUUUCUUACUGAGCCUUCGUCAUCUCUCGUUUCGCCAAUGAAUUAUAGAGAAACGCCAGAUUGGUGCGGAGACACGAACGCUCAAGUGGCAAGUUUGGAAACUAAAGAAGAACUUGAAUACUUCACACACGUUGCACGGAACUUCAAAUAUCCUGUCGCUGGUUUUUGGACUGCAUCCGCAUACAAUGCAACAAGCGAAAGAUGGUACUGGACCGACGGUCAAGCAGAUCCGAACAUUGAACCACAGCCAAUAGGGAGUGAUCCGAACGGACGAAUCGCAGUGCUCGUCGGCUCAAGUCCAGAUCCUGCCGUACUUGCAGUUGUUCCCCAAAGUGGUCGGGGUUCUGUCACUAUUAGUGCUGUUUUGUGUGGUGUACCAGGCUUGCAGUUUUCCUAG